AUGGAUCUUUUUGCAGUCAUACUAAUUAGUAUAACAAUAUUAGCAAUAUGUGGCAUAUGUCUUUUUAUUUUAAUUUGUGCCUUACAACCAAAAAUUUUACGUUAUUUGCAUCAAAAAACAUAUAGAACAUAUUAUGUUGAAGCUUCAAAAAAAGACAAUGAUAUUGAAAAUGAUUUAAAUAUAAAUAAUUUUGAUUUAGCUACUAAAUCCAUAUCACAUGACUUAGAUAAACAAACCUAUUUAAAAAUAUUAGAACGAAGUGUUAGAACAGGACGACAAAUACAAGAUGAAAAGAACAAAAAAAUUCAUAUAACUACUCCUAUUCCUACUUCUAACACUGCUAAUUAUCAUAAUAAUGAUUCUCAUAUAGAUUUAUUUUAUUUUCGUCGUCAAAAUAUGAAUGAAAAUGCAUCUUCAGCAACAACAACUAACAUAUCAAGAAGUAUAGAAAUUUGA